GGGGGGGGCGGGUUGGGGAAUAGGCCUCGAGGGCGCACGCGGAGCGCGGCCCGGCCGCCGCCGCCAUCGCCGUCGCCAUGUCCUGCGCCAAUUACAGCAGCUUGAACCGGGCGCAGCUCACCUUCGAAUACCUGCACACCAACUCAACUACCCAUGAGUUCUUGUUUGGUGCCCUUGCUGAACUUGUAGAUAAUGCCAGCUACAGAGAGCGCAAUAGCUGUUCAGUAGAGAAAAUUCUCAGAGAUGCGGAUGCCACAAGAAUAGACAUUUAUACUGAGCGCCGAGAAGACCUGCGAGGUGGAUUCAUGCUGUGUUUUUUGGAUGAUGGAACAGGAAUGGAUUCAAAUGAAGCUGCCAGCGUUAUUCAGUUUGGUAAAUCAGCCAAGCGAUCGCCAGAGUCAACUCAAAUUGGGCAGUAUGGGAACGGCUUGAAAUCGGGUUCCAUGCGGAUUGGGAAAGACUUUAUCCUGUUCACAAAGAAAAGCAACACCAUGACUUGCCUCCUCUUGUCCAGGACAUUUCAUGAGGAAGAAGGCAUCGAUGAGGUCAUUGUUCCACUGCCCACCUGGAACGUGUGGAACCGAGAGCCUGUGAGUGACAACAUGGAGAAGUUUGCUAUUGAGACAGAGCUAAUUUACAAGUAUUCCCCGUUCAAAUCAGAGCAGGAAGUGAUGGAGCAGUUUAAUAAGAUCCGUGGUGAGAAAGGCACCUUGGUGAUCAUCUUUAACCUCAAGCUGAUGGACAAUGGGGAGCCAGAGCUGGAUGUGACUUCUGACCCUCGGGACAUUCAGAUGGCAGAAACUCCCCCAGAGGGAACAAAGCCUGAGCGCCGCUCCUUCCGUGCCUAUGCUGCUGUGCUGUACAUUGAUCCCAGAAUGAGAAUCUUUAUAAAUGGACACAAGGUACAAACCAAGAGACUUUCCUGCUGCUUGUACAAGCCAAGGAUGUACAAAUAUACUUCAAAUCGCUUCAAGACUCGUGCAGAGCAAGAGGUGAAGAAAGCAGAGCACAUGGCGAGGAUAGCGGAGGAGAAGGCCCGGGAGGCAGAGAGCAAAGCCCGUGCGUUCGAGCUGCGCCUCGGGGGGGACCUUACACGGGAGUCCAGGGUGACGUUACGGCAGGUGCAGAACUCAGCCAUAACCAUGCGCCGGGAGGCCGACGUCAAGAAGAGGAUUAAGGAUGCAAAGCAGCGGGCGCUGAAGGAACCCAAAGAACUGAAUUUCAUUUUUGGUGUGAACAUUGAGCAGCGUGAGUUGGAUGGCAUGUUCAUUUAUAACUGCAGUCGGCUGAUAAAGAUGUAUGAGAAGGUGGGCCCACAGCUGGAGGGUGGCAUGGCAUGUGGUGGAGUAGUCGGUGUCGUGGAUGUGCCCUAUCUGGUUCUGGAGCCAACUCAUAAUAAACAAGACUUUGCUGAUGCCAAAGAAUACCGACAUUUGUUGAAGGCCAUGGGAGAGCAUUUAGCUCAAUACUGGAAGGAUGUAGCUAUAGCCCAGAGGGGUAUCGUCAAAUUCUGGGAUGAAUUUGGUUAUCUGUCAGCAAAAUGGAGCCAGCCUCCAUCCAGUGAACUGCGCUACAAACGCCGCAGAGCCAUGGAGAUCCCCACCACCAUUCAGUGCGAUGUAUGCCUGAAAUGGAGGACUCUCCCAUUCCAGCUGAGUUCAGUGGAGAAGAAUUACCCUGAUAGUUGGGUGUGCUCCAUGAACCCCGAUCCUGAACAAAACAGGUGUGAAGCUCCAGAGCAGAAACAGAAAUUACCACUGGGAACCUUGAAGAAAGACUCAAAAUCACAGGAGGAAAAGCAGAAACAACUGUCAGAGAAAAUCCGCCAGCAGCAGGAAAAGCUAGAAGCACUGCAGAAAACCACGCCAAUUCGGUCUCAAGCUGACUUAAAGAAGCUGCCUCUGGAAGUGAGCACACGGCCUGCAGGGGAGCCAGUGACUCGAUCUCAGCGCCCACGAUCUCCUCCCUUACCCGAUGUCAUCAAGAAUGCUCCCAGCAGACCUCCACCACUUACACCUCCUUCCAAGUCCGUCAGCCAGCUGAAAAAGAGUUCUUCUACUUGGACAAAUAUUAACACUCCCAGAUUGGCCAGCAUUCUGUCCAAGGAGGAGGCCAGCACUUCCAAGACACACCACGAUGCUGUGACAGCCGGAAAGUCUAACAGCACCUCAAAGACUCUUGCCAAACCAACUACACCAACAAAACCCUCCUCUGCUGUCCCGCUGAGCCCCAAAAGCCCACGUGAGACACCCAACUCGAAAACUGCUAAGGUGUCAACACCAAAGAAAUCUGCCACUGUCAAAUCACCCCAGGCCUGCACCCCCCGCAAGAGGACCAUGCACACUGCUGAGGAGUUGUCUGAGGAGGAAGUGGAGAGCAAGAAGGAGAGGACGAAACGAGGCAAAUUUGUAGCAGUGAAAGAGGAGAACAAAGAUCCCAGUGAGGUGGUGGUAGAGCUCACAGACAGUGCAGGGGAAGAAGACGUGGCAGAACUGAAGAAAGCUCAGAAAGACAAAGGGCUGCGCGUGGAGGUCCGUGUGAACAAGGAGUGGUUCACAGGCCGUGUCACAGCUGUGGAAAUAGGCAAACAUGCUGUACGCUGGAAGGUGAAGUUUGAUUAUGUUCCUACAGCCACCACUCCGAGAGACCGCUGGGUAGAGAAGGAUAGUGAGGAUGUGAGGUUGAUGAAGCCUCCCUCUCCAGAGUACCAGAGCCCAGACACACAGCAGGAAGAGGAGGUUGUUGUGGCUGAACCUUCUACCUCAGAAUGUGUCGGAAUUGAACCAGACACUACAGGUCCCAGCAGUGGCCAAGAAACAGUAGACUUACUAGUUCAGAUCCUUCGGAAUUGUUUGCGAUACUUCCUGCCUCCAAAUUUUCCUAUUUCCAAGAAGGAGUUGAGUUCCAUGAGUUCGGAAGGGUUGCUGGCAUUUCCCUUGAAAGACUAUUUCAAACAGUACGAGAUGGGUCUGCAGAACCUGUGCAAUUCAUAUCAGACUCGUGCUGAUGCCCGAGCCAAAGCCUGUGAAGAAAACCUGCACAACACUGAGAGAAAGCUGAAGGAAACAGAGGAGAAACUGCAGAAGCUGAGGACAAACAUCGUAGCUUUGCUGCAGAAAGUGCAGGAGGACAUUGAUAUUAAUACAGAUGAUGAACUGGAUGCAUAUAUCGAGGACUUGAUCACAAAAGGAGACUGAAUAGCCCCAUUACACAUCCUCAGGAAGUACAGAAUUGCUGGUUGCUUCGAUGGAGAUGUGGAUUCCUGCAGUGGAAGACUAUGACAGCAGAUGAGAGAAGAGAGCUUGUAGACAGUACUGCCAUUGUUUUGGUGUACAGGUUGUUGUGACUGAAAAAGACAUUUGUGCUUUUGGCAGGAAAGUUUUUAACAUUAUAAUACUUUGAAUUCCUUUCUUCCUUUUGUUUAUAAAUAUUUAUUUUUAAAAUAAAUGGGAACUGUGCCUGGUA